UUCCCUGUAACUUCCUUAAAUUUUGUUCCUUACUGGGAUCCAACGGUACCCUAAAUUCUAGUGAAGUGUAUACGGCAGUGAUCAUGCGCACUGAAGCGCUUCAGUGCGCAUGAUCAAAAUUCCCACGAAUGUCCAUCACUGUUCACUGGCCACACGCCGCACUCCGCAUAACAACGUUUCUUUCCGGUUUGAGACGGGCUAUCGGUCGGUUGUCUAGUCCGGUGUUCGUCUUCUACCACAGUUGAAAUGACGUCCAAAGUAUCGCGUGAAACACUCUACGAGUGUGUAAACUCUGUCAUUCAAAACUCGCAAGAUAAAAAAAGGAAAUUCUUAGAAACUGUGGAACUCCAAAUUGGUUUGAAGAAUUAUGAUCCGCAAAAAGACAAACGUUUCUCAGGCACCGUCAAAUUGAAGAAUAUACCAAGGCCAAAAAUGCAAGUUUGUGUUCUGGGUGAUCAGCAACAUUGUGACGAAGCUAAAGCUAAUAAUAUUCCAUAUAUGGAUGCUGAAGCAUUGAAGAAAUUGAACAAGAACAAAAAGCUUGUUAAGAAACUAGCUAAGAAGUAUGAUGCUUUCUUGGCCAGUGAAUCUUUAAUCAAACAGAUUCCACGUAUUCUUGGUCCUGGUCUUAACAAGGCUGGUAAAUUCCCUGGUCUUUUGUCGCACCAGGAAUCAAUGGUUGGAAAAAUUGAUGAAGUGAAAGCUACAAUAAAGUUUCAAAUGAAAAAGGUAUUGUGUCUAUCAGUAGCUGUAGGACACGUGGAAAUGUCUCCGGAUGAAUUGGUACAAAAUGUACACCUUUCAAUUAACUUCCUGGUUUCAUUGCUAAAGAAACAUUGGCAGAACGUGCGUUCGCUUCACAUAAAAUCUUCCAUGGGACCACCUCAAAGACUGUACUAAGUCAAUUAGUAUAAAUGUAUUUGGCUGUAAAUGGAAUGAAUAAAAAAAAAAAAUAUAAGAUUGAUGAA